AAUACAGGCCCUCAGUCACAGCCCCUCACACUCCCACAGACACACACACACACACAGUCAUGACUGAUCAGGUAAGCAGCACCAGUGUGAGACUCAGGAAAGGCAGAGCAAUGGAGAGAAAGAUGGAGACGGAGGAGAUGAGGGAAGACAAGAGGACUACAGAGGGGGCAGUGAAUGGGGCAGCGAAUGGAGACACAGCUGUGAUGAGCAAUGGAGCAUCAGAGAACGAAAAACCCGAGGUGAUGGAGCUGCCACCCUUCCAAAUCAUCACAGGGGACAGAAUCGAUCCCUUCUUCUUCAAGUUCCAGUACAAGAAUGUGGAAUACUCUUCCGGUCGGAAUAAAACCUUCCUGUGCUACCUGGCGAAUGAGGUGCGUGGUGCAGGUGAGGAGGCUAUACUGCGGGGAUAUGUGGAGGACGAACACAGUGGCGGCGAUCACGCAGAGGACGCCUUCUUCCGUCUCGUGCUUCCCGGCUACGACGCCUCCGCCCGCUACAGCGUCACCUGGUACGUCUCCUCCAGCCCCUGUCCCUCCUGCGCCUCCAAGUUGGCCGAGAUCCUGCGAGAACGCCAAACACUGCGCCUCACCAUCUUCUCGGCCCGUCUGUUCGAGUGGGAGGAGCCGGAGGUGAGAGCGGGGCUGAAAGCGCUCGCAGGGGCAGGCUGUAAGCUGCGCAUGAUGAAGCCGCUAGACUUCUCAUACACAUGGGACACAUUUGUGGAACAUGACGGCCAGCGCUUUGAACCAUGGGAGGACUGUCAGGAAAACUACGAGUACUACCAGGAAAAACUGGCCGACAUCCUGCAGUGACCGAUCCAAACAGGAAGUUAAAGAUUGGAGUAGCAGAUGGCUUAUACUGUGUGUGUGUGUGUGUCUGUCCUUCUACUUUUAAAUUUACUUCAAGAUCCUGAAACAUUUUGUUCUAUCACAUGUUAGAAUUGAUGUAAUGUUAGUGCAUGUUGUAUCUUCAUGUUUAUCUCUAACCUCCGGUGAUGUUUACAGCCGUGUGCUGAUAUUCCUCUCUCACUCCUCCAUAAUCAGACCACACCUUAUCCUGGUUUACAGUAACGUCACAUGUUUAUCACUCCUGAGGACCGUGUGUGUGUGUGUGCUGAGAAACAGUACAGUACUGAGAGUUCAGUACUACAACUCCACUGUCCUGCCUGGGGUCCAGCUGA